GUGUAGUUUUCAGAUUCGGAAUUAAAAUCCUUUAAUUGUUAUUCCACAGAGUUCAGCGGAAUUGGAGUUUCCAGCUUCAGUCUACUGUUGUUUUUAAGCUCGAUCUUGUUUUACAACUUUACGAUGGUUUGUAAAAAAUGUGAAAAGAAACUCGGGCGAGUUAUCACUCCUGAUACCUGGAAAGAUGGUGCAAGAAAUACAACAGAGAGUGGCGGACGGAAGCUCAACGAAAAUAAAAUGUUGACCUCAAAAAAGGCCAGGUUCGAUCCCUAUGGGAAAUCCGGUUUUGCCACAUGCAGAAUAUGCAAAAGCUCUGUCCAUCAGUCUGGCUCACACUACUGUCAGGGAUGUGCUUACAAGAAAGGUAUCUGUGCCAUGUGUGGCAAGAAGCUUCUGGACACCAAGAACUACAAACAGACUUCGGUGUAAUUGGACCAGGCAGACAUUUGUAAUCUUUUUCGAGGAGGGAGAGGGUUGCAGAGAAAAAUGCCUCUUUAUGUUCAGACAGUUCAUUUAGUGGCCUAUAAGUUUGUGGCGGUGUUUGUGGUCUUGUUAUUAAGCGCAAUAGUGCAGUUUUAUAGAACUGUACCAAAGCUGGAUAAAUGUUCUUGAUGUUUUUUCCUCAAUAGAUUACUUUAAAGCAAUAUAGCAUCUUGCACUGUUUGGAUAAAAUUAGAUGCCUUUCUGGAACGAAAAGGUCUAAAUACUUGUUUCACUCGUGUUUUCUGAUCAGACUAGAAUAUAUUUUCACCUUUUAGAUGGAGAUUUAAUUGCAAACCAUCUUCUCUCUCUUUUUUUCCCCUCCCCACAUACACCACACUGCAGUCAGUGCAAGCCAUUUUAUUACUUUGAAUGUUCACUGACGUUCAACCUGAGGUUCCAACGUUGACUUGAAGCAUGAUGUUUUUUUCCAAGAGUUUUCUUUUCCCCAUUUGUGUGAUUUAUAUGAAUUUUGUAAGUUUGCGUUUUAUCGUAGACUGUUUAAUGUACAAUACACCCAAUAAUCAUGACCAUUUAUGUAUUUUUUUUUGUUAUCUCUCCUGUAAGCACAAAUUCUUUUCUGCUUCUCAUAAUUUUGACUUUUUUUUGCCAUAAUAAAUUUGUGGAAUAA